AAUAUCGCUCAGUGAUUCGAGUAUUUCAUUCAGGAAACGUAUCCUUUUGUAGCCGUCUUCGUUAUUCGACCUCGGAAUCCGCCACGCAUUUGUCAGGCUCGUCCUCCGCGAUAACCUUCGUGAGAACUCGUCGAAUCCGAGAAGAAAUCGGACCGACAAAUCGUUAAUAACUAUCGCGGGAUAGAUAGGUUUGAAGACGCCCCCGGGAUCGUCCAUAUGAAUGCAACGGAAUUACGUUUGAAGGCAUGGACGCCCGCAGUACCGCGCAAGAUACCGGACAAUAUCGUGUCCUCGAGCUACACGAAGACGAAAGCGUUCGUGCCAUCCUAUGAAAAAGAAAGAGAGCCCCGUAUAGAACAACUGCUCUCGAACGAGUAUCAACGAAUUUGGUGGCACGAGAAAUUAGUUUGGGAUAAGACUGUAACUGCCAAAAAAGUUGCGAGCAAAAAAAUAUUAGCCCGUAAGCUGAUUAAGAAAAAAGUACCGACAUGCGUGACUGUUAAAUAUUCCACAAAAGAAGUGCGACUAAAAGAGAAAACAGCAGGAGAGGUAAAGAAAAAGUCUAACGAGAAUCUUAAAACUAAAGAGACGACAUUUGCAAAACAUAACAGUACGAAAAAACGCGAAGAAAUAAAAUUAGAAGAACGCGAAGAAACAAAAUCAGAGAAGCAGGAAGAAAUAAAAUCAGAGAGUCAUGAAGAAACGAAAUCAGAAAAGCAGAAAAAGGAAGAAACAAAAUCAGAAAAAGAGGAAACGAACCAAGCAGAAUGCGAAGAAACGAAAUCGGAACAUACUGAGGAAAUAAAAUCAGAAAACUCAGAACAAAUCGAGGAAGCAAAAUCUGAAAAAGACGAAGAAACAAAAUCAGAGAAAAGUGAAAGAACAAAAUCAAAAAAAGAAACAAAAUCAGAAGGACGUGAAGAAACAAAAUCGGAAAAAUAUACGGAAGCAAAAUCAGAAGAGUGUGAAAAAGAAACAAAAUUGGAAAAACAUGCGGAAUCAAAAUCGAAGGAGUGCGAAGAAACAUAAUUGCUUUAAAAAUUUUAUAGCAUUUGCAAUUAAUUAACAGGUUCAUCAAGGCAAUUUUAAACUUAUAUAACUUCAAUCUUUCUUUGCAAAUUUUUAUAAAAGAGGCAAAAGCCAACAGUAAUGAUGCUUAUGGCGCCAUCUAAGAAGAUAAAAAUGAUUUCGGCAUCAAAUAUCUAUUGAUACAAAAUUCAUUUCUCAUUAUAAUACCGAUUGUCAUUAAUGCAGGUUACCAUGUCUUUGAAUCCAAAAAAUAUUAAUUAGCUUUGAAAUAAUAACAGCGGAUAACAGUCGGAUCGAGUUACUUAUAUCAGAGAAAAAUCUAAGAAUUGGACAUAAUCACUUUGGGAUAUGUCCGCGUCAGCACCUUUAUACGUGUACAAAACGUGCACAUUGCGAACUACGUAGCAACGGAUAUUUGCAAUGGAUAACACAACCGCGGUUGUUUAUUUUAUUUCGUUCAUUAUAUGCUUUUUAUUUGGUUUUAUACUUUGUUUGGCUCUAUUCUGUGCUAUGACCACAGAAUAUAAUUGCGUAAUAAUAACAACGCAUUAUAAAAAUAAAAAUUAAAAAUUACACUAGUUAAUUAUUAUAUAUAUUAGAAUAAUUUAAAUUUAAAUAAAAUAUUAAAAAUGUAAAAUAAAUGUCUAGUAUUCGUAAUGUAAUCAGGAUUUAAUUGAAGAAUAUUUAGAUGAAAAUUUUUUUUAUAAAUAUAUAAUUUAA